GCCGUUGGAAGCGCGUUACAUUGAACCGUCCAACGGAGAGCGGACACUCGUACGGCGACCGCGAACGUGAUAACUCCUUUCCUGUUCCCGCUUCUUCCCGAAGGAAUACGAAGAAUCCUUUUGAACUCUCGACAAAAGUGUUCAUUCUGUUGAACGACACUUCGAUAUCACGUGGAAACCUUCCGGCGGGUCGAUUAUUUUUUUCAAGAGGAUUUGGAGCAUCGAAAACGAAGCUGAUGAUCGGUAUUUUCAACUAAUACUUACAAGAGAAGGAGGGGAAGGAGUUAAAUCCACAAACAAGGGAAACAUAUACGAGGGCGAUCGAUGACAAACGGAAGAUCAUCGAUACAUAGCUCGACCCGAUGCACUUCGAAAUCCAUUGGCCGAGAUCCAAUGAAGAAUUUAGUGCGGAAAAUGUGGAAGUAUGAGACUUCCGAGUGGAUUUCCAGUUUAUACGGGCCACCACCACUCGUGUCACGUUUCGAGAGUCAUUAAGGAGAAAAAAAUGGGGGCUAACCAAUCGAACAGAAGCGUACCUACUCCAGGAGAAGAAGUGAACUUCGAUCACUUUGAAAUUCUACGUGCCAUAGGCAAAGGAAGUUUCGGAAAGGUUUGCAUAGUGCAAAAGAGAGACCGUACGGGCAAUAUGUAUGCGAUGAAAUACGUCCACAAAGGAGAGUGUGCGGAGAGAGGAGCAUUAAAAAAUGUCGCGAGAGAGGUUGAAAUUCUUUCCAAGUUGGAACAUCCUUGUUUGGUAAAUCUAUGGUUCAGUUUCCAAGACGAAGAGGACCUGUUUAUGGUAUCGGAUUUGUUGUUGGGUGGCGACUUGCGGUAUCACAUACAACAGAAGAUCGAGUUCUCCGAGGAAAGCAUCGUUCUCUUCGUCGCAGAGAUCGCUCUCGCUCUCGACUAUCUACAAAGUCACAAGAUCGUUCACAGAGAUAUCAAGCCUGACAAUAUCCUGUUGGAUGAGGAGGGGCAUGCACGCGUGACGGACUUCAACAUUGCCACUGAAUUGGAGAAUGGACAAUUGGCAACUUCGAUGUCAGGCACGAAACCGUACAUAGCGCCAGAGAUUUACAUGUGCUCGUGCGAGGAAUACGGUGUCCUUGGUUAUGGAUUUGCCGUCGAUUGGUGGAGUUUGGGAAUUCUCGCUUGGGAGACUCUGGCCGGUGAACGUCCUUAUCCUCUUCACUCAACGACUUCUUACAGAGAAGCUCUGAGGAUUUUACAGGAAGAAAGGGGAAAGCCGUCUCACUGGAGUUCCGCAAUAUGCGACCUCUUAGACAGAUUGUUAACUCUAGCACCGGGUGCUAGGGUCUCGACUUUGAAGGAACUCAAGCAGAUUGCAGUGAUAAGAAAUUUGGACUUUGAUAAGAUAUUGAACAAGCAGAUAAAACCACCUUUUGCGCCACCAAAGGAUCAUCUCAAUUGCGAUCCCACGUUCGAACUCGAGGAGAUGAUUAUCGAGACGAAGCCGUUGCAUAAGAAAAAGAAACGUUUGACCAAACAAAGAUCCCUCAGAGCCGAGUUGACGGCAGACGAUGCUUUGAAAUUUGCGGAAGGUGACGGCGUGGAUCUGAGAAGAUUGGCCUUUAUCCCAGAAUAUCGCGUAUACAAUCGUGAAAGAGAAAUGGAGAGAUUGGAGAGGGAACGAAAGGAGAAACAAUGGGAGGAGGAACUGAACACUGCCAUGAUGGGUGCCGAUGAGACGCCAAGGAGGAAACAAGAACAGCAGCAGCAAGAGCAACAGCAAGAGCAACAACAACAGGAAGCACAGAAAAGUGGGAACAGAUUGAGCGUUUCGAACGUGAAAGCUCGAAUCAGUGCUUCUCCCAGACUUAGUCGAAGGACGAGCACUGCAACGUCCUCCGACAUCGAUUACAUCGAUGCCAGUCCUGAACCAUCUACAUCGUAAAUUUAAUUGAAUCAUUUUUUACAGGAACCUUAUAAAACGAUGAUGUCUAUAAGAUAUAUGAUCGUGAUCGAUCGAUCGAUCGAUCGAUCAAUCGCCUAAUAAUUACCAUUACCGAUCAAUAUAAUCUAUCGUUCUAGCUUUCCAUAAAGAUGAUCGUGCAAAAAACGCUGUAAUAUUAAUUAAAAGUAGAUCCUGAUUAGGUUUGCAUUUUGAUUCGUAGACCUUUUAGAGAAUAAAAAUAAUAGGCAUCGUUAGAGACGGCGAAAGAUUAUGAAAGAUGUUUAUAGAAAUGAUCCAUACGGUAUAUCCGCCAAGUGGAAAAGAUUUCCCUCAGAAUUUAUUUAACGAAACGAUCGAAUCUCGUGCAAAUACACUUUGCCGAUUCAUCGUUUGCUUUCCAAAAAGUUUCUUAUUACUUAUAGUUUAACGUUACUCCGUCGGGUUGUUAGAAAAUUCCUCGAGUAUACCGCUCGAGAAAUAGCAAACGAAGUCGUUUUCACUAAGAGAUAUCAUUUUUGUAAAAGGUAAAUGCGAUUAGUAUGAAAUAUGGCGGACAGGAUUCGUAAAGCGAACAGAUCGGGAAAAAAUCUCCGCUCUCUUCUAUAAUUGGAAUUGAUGGAUCGAAUGCAGACCACGUUUUGUCCGAGAAUCGUCAAGUAAUCGAUAGCAACGGCGCCUGGUCGACCAAACGAAACACACAAAGAAUCUUUUCUCGAUUUCCUCCUCCCACUCGCGUUACAAACCCGCUACGUUUUAUGGACGUACAAAUUAUGAAAAUACAUUUACAAUAACCAACGUAUAUUUAAAUGAUAAUACUCUUUAUUCUUUCAAAAUUUUUUAAACACGAUUAUUUUUCUUUUCCUUUGUAUCUUUAUGCAUUUAUCAAGCUUAUUUCUCUAGUCAAAAUCGCAGAAUACAUAUGUAUGUAAGUGUGUAUAAAAUAGAUUGAGAUUUGCUAUCGCUAAUAAUUACGUUGAAUUAUUCAUCAUUGUAUAUACAUACAUACGUAUAAAAUAGACAAAAAAUAUAUUGUGUUAUAACGAUAAAAAAUAACAAAUGAAAAAAAAAAAAAAGAAAAGAAAAAAGAUAUUUUCUUUAUACGUAGAAUUUGUAUACAUUGUGACAAUUAUAAAAACAUAGUAUGUUAAUAUAUUAAUAAAAGUAAAUACCAUCGUGAA